AUGUCGACGGAAGAGGCUGUUGUCGCUGAGGUCCCGGUGACCGAGGUGGAGGCGGAGGCCCCGGCGGCCCAGGAGGCGGAGACGGACAAGGCGAAGAAGGCACCAAAGGAGAAAAAGGCACCAAAGGAGAAGAAGGCGCCCAAGGAGAAGAAGCCAUCCGCGGCGAAGAAGCCGGCGGCGCACCCUCCCUACGCUGAGAUGAUCUCAGAGGCAAUUGCUGCCCUGAAGGAGAGGACCGGGUCGAGCUCGGUGGCCAUCGGCAAGUACGUCGAGGAGAAGCACGGCGGCAAGCUUCCCACCAACUUCCGCAAGCAGUUGACUGUGCAGCUGAAGAAGCUCGCUGCAGCCGGCAAGCUGGCGAAGGUGAAGAACUCCUUCAAGCUGCCGACCGCCCGCCCUGCCACUGACGCCAAGCCCAAGGCCGUCAAGCCCGCCGCCAAGACCAAGGCACCCAAGGCGUCGCCGAAGGCGAAGGCCAAGACCGCGGCGAAGCCCAAGGCUGCUUCGCCCAAGGCCAAGGCCAAGGCCGCUCCCGCCGCCGCGUCUACCAAGCCCCGCGGGCGCCCUCCCAAGGCUGCCAAAACCUCCACCAAGGCCUCCCCCGCCAAGGCGGCCAAGAAGGCUGCUCCCGCUGCCAAGAAGGAGAAGGCAGUGGCGACGCCCAAGAAGGCGGCCACCCCGAAGAAGGCCGCCGCCGCCGCUGCUCCGGCCAGGAAGGGCGCAGCCAGGAAGGCCAAGAAGUAG